AUGGCCGCAGACUCAAAUACUGUAAUCACGGAGAUUUUCUCGAAGUGGGACGAUUAUCAAUUAUUCCUUUUGACUGUUUUCUUUCGGGAGAGAUUGGAGAAGUCAAUUGAAGAAGAGGUGGAAGGAGUGAGUUUUAUGUUAACUUACAAGAGGCAGAUCAGUCGACAAGAUCACCAGGAAGUCAUUAAGCUCAGAGAGAAGGGAAAUAGGGUCGACGGUUCAAAACUACUCCUCAGACUUCUGAUGGAGAAGGACCCUCGAGAACACAGGCUGAUAUGGAAAUUCUUUUUGAAAAUGCAACACAUUUUACCAAAAUUUGACGCAUUGUUGAAAGAAGUACAAGAACACGUUUCCAGUACGACUGAAAUGUUCGAGCUCCAAGAAUGUUUGCCCGAUCUACCUGUACAGCUCAAAGAUGUUCAACAGAAACACAAGGAGACUCUGCGGGCACAAACUGAAACACUGAGAGUGAACACGAUCCUGAUGAGGGAGAAGGUGAAGGUUUUCCAGCUGGUUGAUCGAUACGCUGAGCUCACGGUCAUUUCAACUGUUCGAGAUCGGAGACUGGUGGAACAUGAGCUGCUGGCAAGAGGCAGAGACCACGAGGAGUGGAGACAGAAACAUCUUAGUGGAGAGCUGGUAAAACUCCGGACUGAUCAGUUAUUCCAGAGUAUGUUAUCCAGGAUUAAAUUGAAAACUGGUAGCUCAGCAGUAGUGGUCGGAGACCCAGGGAUCGGUAAAACAGCAAUGGUACAGAAAAUUGUUUAUGACUGGGCCAUAGGGAAAAUAUACCAAAAGUUCCCAUUUGUCUUCAGUUUCAAAUUCCAGGAUUUAAACUCCAUUAACUGCAGAAUAAACCUGAGGGAACUGAUUCUGGAUCAGUAUCCUUAUUUUGGGAAUAUCCUGAGAGAGGUCUGGAAGAACCCGGAGGGGUUGCUGUUUAUAUUCGAUGGUUUAGAUGAAUUCAAACACAGAAUCAAUUUUGCUGACAGUCGGAGAGACACAGAACCCAAGCACCAGUGCCCAGAUCCCGAGUGGUGGUGUGAAGUGUCUGACAUUGUGUACAGUUUAAUCCAGGGCAAGCUGCUCCCAGGGUGUUCAGUGCUGGUGACCACCCGCCCCACUGCGUUACAUUUAUUGGAAAAGGCUGAGAUCGGUUUCUGGGCUGAAAUCCUGGGAUUCUCUGGUGAUGAACGGAAGGAGUAUUUCUUCAGACAUUUUGAAGAUCAGACGGUGGCAGCAGCUAUUUUCAAACACGUGAUGGAAAACGAGAUCCUGUAUACCAUGAGCUACAACCCCUCCUACUGCUGGAUCCUUGCUCUGGCACUGGGUCCCUUCUUCACACAAAGAGUCAGGGACCCGCAGCGAGUUCCCGAGACCAUCACCCAACUGUACUCCUACUAUAUUUACAACAUCCUGAAAAACCAUGGCCGUGAGAUUGAGAAUCCCCGUGAUGAGUUGCUCAGAAUUGGUCAGAUGGCCUUCAGUGGAGUUUCCGAAAAAAAGAUUGUGUUUACAGAAGCAGAUUUAAUCAAGUACAAUCUGCAGCCUUCCCAGUUCCUGUCUGCGUUCCUUUUGGAGAGAGAGGAUUCUCCCCGAUGUAUGGUAUACACGUUCCCACACCGCACCAUCCAGGAGUUUGUUGCUGCAGUCGCACAAUUCCUGAAUCCGCAUUCCGGGGAUAUCCUUAAAUUGCUCACUGAAGCCCACAACACGACAGAUGGGCGAUAUGAGGUAUUUCUCCGUUUUGUUGCUGGUCUCUCCUCCCCAAUGACAGCUCGGGGCCUGGAAGAGUUUUGGGGUCUAUUUCCUCAUCAAGCAACCUGCCGGGUGAAUGACUGGGUGAAGGGGCAAAUAAACAGCCCAACUGAAAUCACGGGGAGUAACAAAAAUAAAAAGAGCCUCCUGAACACAUUGGAAUACCUGUUUGAGUGUCAGAAUUCUACACUGGCUCACUGCGCAUUGGCAGAUGUGGAAAGAGUUUCAUUCAACGGAUUGCCUCUUACUGUGGCUGACUGCAGCAUCCUCUCUCGAGUCAUUGAACUCUGCGACAGAAUAAAAUUCCUGGAUCUGUGGGGUUGUUGUAUUCAGUAUAGUGGCCUCCUGCGACUAAAAUACAAACUUCAUUAUUUUCAGGAAUUGAGACUAGGGAACAAUAAGCUGCGAGAUUCAGGAGUGCAACUGGUGUCUGCUGCUCUGAGGAUCCCGGAGUGUAAAAUAAAGAAACUGGAACUGGGUACCAACUACCUCACAGCUUCCUGUGCUGAGGAUCUCUCGUCCGCACUGGCAUCUAACCAUUCCUUGACGAGUUUAGCCAUGAGUGGUAAUAAACUGGAAGAUUCCGGAGUGAAACAACUGCUUGCUGCUUUGAAGAACCGUGAUUGUAACAUUCAAGUACUGCGACUGCAUAGCAAUGGUCUCACACACUGUUGUGCGGAAGAUAUCGCCAUUACACUCUAUUCAAGUCCUUCACUGACGGAGAUAGACCUAGGAGGUAACACAUUCGCAGACUCAGGAGUCGCAGAGUUAUGUAGGGGCUUCAGGAACCCUAAAUGUAAACUAGAGAAACUGCGCCUGGGGAAUGCUCGACUGGGAGAUUCUUGUGCCGAAGAUCUCGCCUCUGCGCUCAUUGCACUCCGCUCACUGAAGCGUUUGGAUCUGAAAACAAACAAAUUCACCGACAGUUCUGUCCCCGCUCUCCGACGCCUCAUACUGACUCACUCUGGUCUGGAGCGGAUCAAUGUGGAGUGGAAUGGGUUCACAAAACAUGGAAGGGACCAACUGAAGGUGCUUCAGGGAACCAGACUUCUGCUGAAAAUAGAAGUGUGA